CGUUAGCCAAUCCGCGUAAGCGCUGAAUCUCAUUGGCUCUUUUCUUUUCCAGUCAUUUUAAGAAACUCUAUGUUGACGGAGAUUUAAUUUAAUAUAAAUACACAGUAUACUGUCAUUUUUUAGACUCCGAAGAGAAUAAAUCAGGAGACCCUAAUAAACAUGCUGCAGUGCUUUGACUUUCACCAGAGUCACAUUCAUAGUCUGAAGAGUCAUGUUCCCCCACACUGUCUACCCAAAAGCAAUGAGAAAAAGUCAGAGAACGAGGACGCUCCGUUAUCUAGCACACCACCACAAUUCCUAAAAGGCAAGAAAAUGUACACCUACAGUGGCAUAAACAAGUAUUCAGUACGAUUGAGGGAUCCUCAGAGCAAAGACUCUGAGAGAUUUAUCAUAAAUGCUGUUGAGGAGCAAGAACACCAGCUGGUGAGUGAUGGACAAAGCAAUUCAUCAGAAGCAGAAACCGCAGAGGACAAAGAGUCGUGGUCUGUUGAUGAUAGCCAGCCAUCACAAAGCUCCACAGACUCCAACUCCACAACUUCCUCUUACAAUACAGGGAGCACUGAGACUGAAUGUACCUGUAGUAUCUGUGAAGACCAAACAGGAAGUGAAGAUGGAAGCCCAGGGAGAAAGGUGUUGGAUACACCUCCAUCAGGAUCAGGAAUUCUUCUUAAAGACCCCAUGCUUGGAGCUUUUCCAGCUGCAUGGAAAAAGCAUUUUCCUUUCAGACAUACGCAUUCCCCACCCCUGCGGGAAACAGACAGCCUGAUCCUCAACCCUUCUCUGCUUACAUCUCCUUCUCAAGGUCUGAGCCGUUCUCUCCAUCCCGAAGGACGAGAAGCUCUACAAACAUUAUUCGAGGACGUGUGGGUCACCCCAGAAUCUACCAUCUUAAAAAGUCCCAGUCUGCAAAGCAGUUUUGGAAAUGACUCAGAGACUGUCAUGAGUCCUGGAAAUAGCAACUAUCUGUACUUGAAAAGUGAGGAAGGGAACAAAAGUUCUGAAGAUGAAACGCCAGAACAACUCAUUCCUCUGAAAAGAGCAAGAAAAGGAUAUACACACAGGCGCACUUCAAGAGCAGGACGUGUUACAACGCAGCCAAACCCAAAGAAGAAAUGUGUGAAUGGCUUCAUUAUGUUCUGCCGAAUGAACAGAAAAUUAUAUAUCAGAUCCUAUCCUGGCAUCCCGUCCACUACAGUCACCAAAGAGUUAGCCAAUCUAUGGCACAUCUUACCCAAGAGGGAGAGACGUUUGUACUGCCUGAAAGCCUGGAGCUUCAGUUGCCAGCAGAACCGCAAUGUGCGCGCUAAAGCACACGAGGCAGAAAUCAAGGCAGAACGCUCUGUGCCCAGUCCACUGCACAUGUUACUGGCCUAUAGAGAAGUGUAUGAAGCUGUUAAAUGA